AUGAAUGAUAUAGAUGAAAAUGUGACAGACGAAAAGGAAAAUGCCAUCUAUAAUACUGGUGUUGAAAAUGAAGAAAAAGAAAAUCCAUAUGCAGCAGGUUCGAAAGAGCUGACAGAACAAUUGUUGGAAAUUUCUGAUGAAGAAAAUUUGUAUUUUUUCAAUAAACCCAUUUCUUCUGAUGAUUGGUCUGAAGCUGUUUCAGGAUGGAAAGCUUCACCACCAUAUCCCAAGUAUGUGCAGAGUUCUAGGAAGCGUAAACCUGUUGGAAACUCAGAUAUGUAUGGGAUUGUAAGAUGUGUCAAUGAUGAUGACAGUGACCAUUAUUUAAAAUUUUGGAGGGCAGCAGUAGAACCCCUUACAUUUAGAUAUGUUCCAAAUAAUGCGCUUUACAGGUUGAAUAAGUUUACUCAAAUUGAUGGUGAGUGGUACACCGUAAGAAAAAAUAAACCAGAAAAGGUUUUGAAUGGAAGUCAGCACAGUCCAAAAAACAAUAGGGAAAGCAGAAGCAAAAAAAGAGUGCCUCGAAUGAGAUCUGAGGCACGUUCACAAAGUACAAACUCUGAUGGUGCAUUGACUCGAAGAGCUAACAGAGUUAAAAACUUACUUCCCUACCAUCCAGAGUUUCUUCAAAAAUCAGCCAGUGACUUAUUUAUGGAGAAUUUAGAUUCAAAGUUAAAUCAGGUUGAAAAUCAAGUGAAACAAAAUAUGCAAAACAAAAAGAUUGUAACAAAGCAAUCAAAUGAACAUUUAUAUCGACCUAAGUCUAAGAAUAUGGUUGUUUCAUUUGAAGUAGUUGAUAGUAAUAAUGAUGCCUGCUCUAUAUCUUCCAGUAUAGCAUCCCAAACUCUAAGACCUCUAGAGAAAGUGACUCCAAAGCAAAGAAUGAAAUCAGUUGAACUUUCCAAAGAUUCUGAAGCCAAAAACAUUCAUGAUUCACCUAAGAUUCAUGUUGAUUCUUCUAUAGUAUUUGAGGGUGUGCAAUCUCAACAUGUGAAAAAUUCAGAUAAUAUUCAAAAUGAUUCUUACCUAAUAGGUAAAGGCAAUAUUAUGAAUUCUUCCAAAUCCCCUAUGACGGUUCCUCUUAAAAAGAAAGGUGCAAUUUUAAAGUAUACAACUGCCAAUUCAUCUAAUUCAAAAAAAAAUAAUCUGUGGGACCCAACGCAAGGAACCAAUGGUACUGAUAUAGUGUCUGGAUUUAUGGGUGAUCUACCAGAAGUUUCUGGAAAACAAAUUCCAGUGUCAUUUUCUUCACAGCGCCUAUUCAGACAAUAA